AUGUUAAAAAAUAAAAGAAGUGUUACUCGUUUUUGUCUUCCAUUUAUGAUUAAAUGCUUGAGUUGUAAUGAAUAUAUUGGCAAAAAUAAAAGAUUUAAUACUAAACAAGAAGAAAUUUUAGAAGAAAAGUAUUAUGGCAUCAAAACUUAUCGAUUUAUUUUUAAAUGCACCAAUUGUUCAAGUAUUCUGUCAAUAAAAACUGAUCCUAAGAAUGGUAAAUACUCAACAGAUAAAGGAUGCAUAAAUAUUUCUACUUCUAUUGAAAAUAAUAAAGAUGAAUUUCUUGAGAAUUCAAAGAAUAUUGAACAAAUUAAAGAGGAUAUGAAAAUGUUAUUAAGUAUUGAACAAAAGAAUAAAAAAUAUAAUAAAACUACAUAA